CGUAGCAGAAGGAAAUCAACGAAAACAUCUGUUAAUUCUAAUUUUAGUAUUAUAAUAUAUUUUAGUUUUAUAUAUUGACUCUAGUUUCCAUGUUAAGAUGUGGCAUUACGUAAAAACAAAAUAAAGCUCUUAUUUAACAUCGUAGUUCAAUGAUUUGAAUGGAGGUUUGACAUUUGACAGAAAAAAUAUUUCGUUAUGGAAUUUGCCAGAGCUGUAUUUGGGAAAUCUCCUGAAGGAUAUAGUGGAAAAAAUACAACUGUUGAAACACUGUCUGAAGAUGAAGAUGACCCUUAUGCAGAUGAUAUUACUGAAUCCAUCAGUAUUCGAGCUAAUUUGUUUGGCUCCCCUUCAAGUGGUCAAGGAUAUUCACCUGCCCCAGGAGGGCCAUUUUCUGCUCUAACUCCAUCAAUGUGGCCGCAAGAUUUGUUGGCAACAUUAGCUCAGCCUGAGGAUUCCGAAUGUCAUCCUGAUUACCGCUUUGAUGAAUUUGGAUUCCGUGUAGAUGAAGAAGAUGGACCAGAGCAAAAUUCCAGUAAACUGCUUAGCAUUCCUUUUGUUGAAGAUCCACAGCAUCGUUUGCAGUGGAUUGCAUAUUUAGAAUUCACUCACAACAAUGAAGUUGGAGAUUUAACAUGGGAUAAGGUGGAACCUUUAUUACCACGAUCUGAAAAACUUAGUACAAUGGUUCGUCAAGGUAUUCCACACUCUUUACGGCCACAAUUGUGGAUGCGCUUAUCUGGCGCAAUGAAGAAAAAACUCUCAUGUGAUCUAACUUAUAAAGAUGUAGUCAAAGCUAGCUCAAAUGAUCAUGUCAUGACUUCAAAACAGAUUGAAAAGGACCUUCUUAGAACUCUUCCAAGCAAUGCGUGUUUUUCGCAUAUGAAUAGUACUGGUAUUCCUCGUUUGAGAAGAAUAUUAAGGGGUCUUGCUUGGCUCUAUCCUGAUAUAGGAUACUGUCAAGGAACAGGAGUUAUUGCAGCAUUAUUGCUUUUAUUCUUAGAAGAAGAAGAUGCAUUUUGGCUUAUGUGUACCAUAGUUGAAGACUUAUUACCAGCUUCAUACUAUUCAAGUACUUUGAUUGGAGUGCAAGCAGAUCAGCGUGUACUAGUGUCUCUUAUAACUAAUAUGUUGCCUGAUCUAGAUAUAGUACUUAAAGAGCAUGAUAUAGAGCUGUCUUUGAUCACCCUCCAUUGGUCUCUCACACUGUUUGCAAGCGUUGUGCAUACAAAGAUCCUGUUGCGCAUCUGGGAUUUAUUUUUCUAUGAAGGCUCAGUUGUUCUGUUCCAAGUAACCCUUGGAAUGCUGAAAAUCAAAGAACCAGACCUUCGAGUCUUGGAAAAUUCUGCUCAAAUUUUUAAUGCUUUGUCGGACAUUCCUGGCGAAGUUGAUGAUGUUGAUAAACUUUUUGAAGUGGCCCAAGAAGUUGCUGGGCCUUUAAAUGAAAUGACCCUAGAAUCCCACAGAAGGAAACAUUUAGCUUAUUUAAUGGCUGAUCAAGGAGCUCUUCUAAAUCCAGAAAAUGCGAGAAAUCUUCCAAAACAGCACUUGAAUCGUAGGCAGUUGAAAAGGUCAAAAUCAAUGCUUCAGUUAAUAAUAUUUGGUGAUGGAGAAAGUGAAGAUGACAUCAGAAGUAAAAAUGUGAGACAAACUGAAAUUCUGGUUGACUUACGAGAAGCUAUUCUUCAAGUUGCUCGUCAUUUUCAGUCUGUAGAUCCAAAAAUUAAAGUUAAUUUAAUAGCUGAUUAUAGUAUGGAAGGUCAUGCUAGAGACCAAGAAAUUUUUGCAAAUGUUGCUCGUAAUAGACGACGGCGUGCAAAGGCAUGUUUGGAUUUUGAAAGGCAUGAUGAUGAUGAAUUAGGAUUUCGAAAGAAUGAUAUUAUUACUAUUAUAAGCCAAAAAGAUGAGCACUGCUGGAUAGGAGAGCUAAAUGGGUUAAGAGGAUGGUUUCCUGCAAAAUUCGUAGAGCUUCUUGAUGAAAGAAGCAAACAAUAUUCUAGUGCUGGCGAUGAUUCAGUAACAGAAGUCAUCACAGAUUUAGUUCGUGGAACGUUAUGUCCUGCUAUAAAAGCUGUAUUAGAGCAUGGAAUGAAAAAAUCUUCCAUUCUUGGAGGCCCAUGUCAUCCAUGGUUAUUUAUAGAAGAAGUUGCAAAUAAAGAAGUAGAAAAAGAUUUCAAUUCUGUAUAUUCAAGAUUAGUAUUGUGUAAAACAUUUAGAUUAGAUGAAGAUGGAAAGGUUUUAACUCCUGAAGAGAUUCUUUAUCGGUCAGUGCAAGCAAUAAAUUUGUCCCAUGAUGCUGCAAAUGCUCAAAUGGAUGUGAAGCUUCGUUCUCUUGUCUGCAUUGGGCUGAAUGAACAAGUUCUACAUUUAUGGUUUGAAGUUCUAUGUUCUUGCAUACCUGUUGUACAGAAAUGGUAUCAUCCAUGGUCUUUCAUAAAUAGUCCUGGUUGGGUACAAAUUAAAUGUGAACUCAGGCUUCUUGCUCAGUUUGCUUUUAAUUUGAAUCCUGAGUGGGAGCUGCCUGUAAAGAAAGAACCAUCUCAGCCUUUGAAAGAAGGAGUCCGUGAUAUGCUUGUGAAACAUCAUCUUUUUUCUUGGGAUUUGUGACCUUAACUUUCAUUUGAAAUUACCAAAAAGAUAAAUGCCAAAGUACAUAAAAGUUUAACCUUCUUCACUUUAUAUGCUUUUUAUGAUCUCUGGUUUAACCAUUUAGCUAAUGUUUUUUUUUUAAUGUAUAAUUUCAUUGCACUUACAAGUGUUGCAUUUAAUAAUGCAUAUGAAACUUCCAUAUAUGUAUAUACCAUAAUAGUGCUUGAGAUUUUUUUUAACUAAUAAUAUAUCUUUUGCUUAAAAUAUUUAGUGGUGAGCAGAGUUAUUUUUUUCUUUCAUUUCUGUCCAUGUGAUAUUUUUAUUUAUCUUUUAAUAAUCCAAAUGUUGUUAGUAUUAAGAUGGUUAUUGCAUGUAUCUUUUAACUAACUUAUUUGUUGUUCAUUCACUGUUUUAAACAAAUAGCUUUAAACAUUCCUUGCCUGCAAUUUUAGACCCAGUGUUGAUUUUUAAAACCUAUCUAGUAGAGUUUUCUUUAUAUAGAGGAUGAUGUUCUUUAUUAAUUGUUGAGUGAAUUGAAAUUUAUAUUAAAUAUCUGAUGAUUGUAUCAACUGUGAUCUUAAAAAGAGAAGCACUGAAACUCCUCAUUUUUUAAAGAACUUUUUAUGAAUGAUUUUAACAACCAUUACAACUUUUAUUAAGUAUUCUGCCAUUGUACUUAAUUUUAACAAAGAUUUAAAAAGCGUAAAAUUAUAUUUUUUUAAAUAAUACAACAGGUCUUGAAUGUAAUCUAUUAAUCUAAAGUUGUUUUUCAAUCUUGAAAUAACUCACAUUUGUUGGAAAUUUCUAUAUCUUUUGCAGUCUUGAACUUUCAUUCGUUUUUGGUAGUAUUUGAUGAUCAAUAAGAUUUUUUGAUAAUUUAUUACAAUUUUUUAAAAAGGUUUUCUGUAUUGUUUAUGAGGUAUACUGCUGAUUAAAUAAAAUUUUAUUUAUUAUUUUAUUUAUUAUAUAUCAUAUACUCAUGGUUUUCCUGGUGAUAAAUAAUGUUAUUAGCAAUGUAAAUAAUUCUUUGAUUAUUAAACUGUCAUUAUGUUACAAAUGUUUAAGUUUUUAUAUAAUUACAAUUCCUGUUAUUAAAUUGCAGUUCCUAUAUCUGCAAAUACACUUUAAAGCUUAAUAAUCACAUUGUAGUUUUGACUGAAAAACGAAUAAUAAUUCUUUUCUGUGAAUAAUAAUAAUGAUUUGGAAGAAAAUUUAUGCUUUAAAAAAAGAUUAUUUUCCUUUCAAAUUUAUUUUAUUUUAGUCAAAAUUAAUGAAAAUUAUGUCUUAUAUUUCACCAAAGUUCUUUGUUUAUGCUGCAUUCAAUUUUUCACUUCAGUUAAAAAUUGAACAGUAUAGUUAUUCUUUUUUAUUCAUUAUUAUAUUUGCAAUUUCCCACUUAUACUCAAUUUUAUAUUUCUAUUAUGAUACUCAUUUUGUUGUGUACUUAAAAUAUUUAUUUUAAUUCUAGUCACUAUAACUUUACAGUUCCUUUUUCAUUUUUAAGAAUUGCAUUUAUAUUUCUUAAUUUCUAUCUUUUUAUACUUUACAAAUCCUUUUUAUAAAAUAUUUAUUUUAUGGGGGAAAAGUAUGUAUUUAUUCACUAAUGUUAGCCUUAUUUGAAUGCAUAAUAUUUAUCUUAAAGUUCCUUUUAUUGUUGUCUCCAUCAAGUUAUUGCAGAAACACCUUAUAUUGGUGAAAAGAAAAUAAAGUAUUUUUCUUGUAACUUGAUGGCUUUAAUUGUCUUGCAUUAGUAUUGGCAAAAGAAGGAAAAAAAAAUUGUUAGUAAGGCUAUAAUAAAAUAACACAGGUUUGCCCAAGAAUGUAAUCUUAUGCAGCAAAAUCUUGAUAUUUUUAUAACAUUUUAUUGCAAUCUAUUACUGUACUUGGUAUAUUUGAGAAGUGUGGGAGAGUGUGGAGAAGUGUGUUGAGAAGGGUAUAUUGAGUUAUACUAAUAGGAAAUCUUACAUAUGAAGCCAUUAUAAAUUUGUAAAAAUCAUUUUUUAAAAUGCAUAAAAAUAUAUAUUACAGUUAAUGUAAUAAGUUGAUAAUUAUAUAUAAUCAUUGAAUUAAUCACAUUUACUAUAAUAUAUAUGUUUAGUCGGAGAAGCAAUUUUGUUGACCAUUUUAGAAUUUAAAUUUUUAAUUGUGAUAAAAUAAUGAAACAAUAAUUGCUAUAGAAUUCUUGUAUUCUACUAUAAUUAUACUGUAUUUUUAAUAAUUCAAAAAUAAUUUCUCUAUCAGUUUUUGUUACAGUUCAUUCCCUUUGCUUAAUUCUUGUUGACCAAGAAUUUUUGUAAACUUACAGUUGGUGUCAAGUUGGAUAUAUCAUAUAUUUAUCGCUAUCUGAAUACAUUUAUUUAAUUAAACUCUGCAUUUUGUAUAUCAUUUUUGCACUCUGACUUUUAUUUUUGUUUUGUUAAGUAUUUUUAUAGUUUAUUCUGGUUACAUUUAAAAAUGUGUUUAUCAUUUUUUUUGUCAUUCCUUUAUUUUAAUGGCAAACAAAUAUAAAAUUGUUUGAUUCAAUUAAUCAAUUGUUGAGCAGAAAUGAAACAUAUAUAAAUAUUAUAUUUUAUUAAUCAUUUGUUAUAAACAUAUCUCUAUGACAUUAAUUGAAAUUUCAGGACUUUUUGAAAUUUUUAAUGUUAUGUAGUGAUUUCUCUAAUUUUUCCACUUAUGACAAUAUUAAUAACAAUGUAGAAAUUAUUCCAAGUUGGUCAACUUCCACUAUACUAUAGUGAUUGUGUGUUACUGAAAGAUUUACUUAUGUUUAUUAUCUUUCAAGAUAAAAUCUAUUAUGUUUCUUGUUUAAAACUACCUCUAAUGAUGUAGAUUAAAUAAAUAUUUUUUAUCCUUUUGA